AUGAGCGCGGCCGGGUUGGUGUCUGCCACGCCGCCGGCCCCCGCUCCGCCUGGGGCGCCCGCCACCGCCAUGCCCCCCGGCCCCGAGUACUACGAGGAGGAGGAGCUGGAGAGCGCCGAGGAGGAGGACGGCGAGCGGAGCGCUCGGGCCCGCGACUCCGAUGAGGACACUGAGGAUGCCAGUGAAACUGACCUGGCAAAGCAUGAGGAAGAGGACUUUGUAGAAAUGAAAGAACAGAUGUAUCAGGACAAACUGGCAUCUCUUAAGAGGCAAUUACAACAAUUGCAGGAAGGUACUCUUCAGGAAUAUCAGAAAAGAAUGAAAAAGUUGGACCAGCAGUACAAAGAAAGGAUACGAAAUGCAGAACUGUUCCUCCAGCUGGAAACAGAUCAGGUGGAAAAAAAUUACGUCAAGGAAAAGAAGGCAGCAGCAAAGGAGUUUGAAGAUAAGAAAAUUGAGCUUAAGGAAAAUUUGAUUGCAGAGUUGGAAGAGAAAAAGAAGAUGAUUGAGAAUGAAAAGCUAACCAUGGAAUUAACAGGAGAUUCAAUGGAAGUGAAGCCUAUUAUGACAAGGAAACUGAGGCGACGACCAAAUGAUCCAGUUCCUAUCCCAGACAAGAGGAGGAAACCUGCCCCUGCUCAGCUAAAUUAUUUGUUGACUGAUGAGCAAAUAAUGGAGGACCUGAGAACGCUGAAUAAGCUUAAAUCACCCAAGAGACCAGCCUCUCCCUCCUCGCCCGAACACCUCCCAGCUACACCAGCAGAGUCUCCAGCGCAGCGGUUUGAAGCCCGGAUAGAAGACGGAAAACUCUACUAUGAUAAGAGAUGGUACCACAAGAGCCAGGCUAUUUACCUGGAGUCUAAAGAGAACACCAAGAUCAGCUGUGUGAUCAGUUCUGUGGGCGCCAACGAGAUCUGGGUGAGGAAAACCAGUGACAGCACAAAGAUGAGAAUCUAUCUGGGACAGCUGCAGCGAGGUGUUUUUGUGAUUCGUCGACGAUCAGCUGCAUGACUGCUCGGGACGUUGGACAAAAGGAGAUUAAUCUUGCCAGCUUUCAGCUGCAGCUGAGAGAUGCGUCUGUAAUACCUGGUAUACGACAUCAGCUUUAUUGGAUGAACUGUUUAAAGACUUGAGCACUGAGGCUUUUUUUAGGAAAGUGUGAACAGCUUAGAAACUGCUGAAAAUCCAGUUGAUUUUAAUGUAGUUAAGCAGUUACAUGUGGUUAAUCAGAAGCUUCUGUUUCUCUUCACAUUAAAAAACCCUCCAAUGAACAAGCAAAGAGUAUGUAUAUUUGCUGAAGUAGUUUCCCAAAAUAGGUGGAUGAGUACAAAGCAGAGGAUUAAUUGACUGGACUUCGCAGAUAGUGAGACUAUAUGAACUAUAUCUAUGAGUAUAACCACUCACACAUGUAGAGAGACGAAAGGCAAAUUUCACUUUCUGUACUGACGCUUAGAGUAGCAGGUCAUGCUGGAAUCCUGCUGACAGAAGGUACUGGAUCUGUUGUGUCUUCCAAAGAAGCCUGGUACAGAGUAGAAAGAAGCAUUGGCAUGCUUUUGGUGUAUAGCUGAAACCAUCAUUCCCUAAAAUGUCAUGCAAAGGUUUCCCUUUGAAGGGUAUUUUAAUUACUGGAGAUAACACUGGGUUUCUACACUUGCCCUCCAAUAGCACAAGUGAAAAUGCUCAAGUGAUGAUAUUAAUAUAGUCCCUUCCAAGAUGUUUAAAGAUCUGACUCUGGCAUUCCUUCAUUAUUCCCAGUCUCUUGCUGAUGGCUGAAACCACCAAUACCAUGUGUGACUGCGAUGGCAUGAACUACACAGUGCACUGGCAAUGCUGUCAGAUCUUUGCCUUGUGUGCAAAAGAACUUUGUGCUCCUUUUGAUUACUGGACAAAAAGUUGUAAUUUCUGCCUUUAUCAAUAUCUGUCACUUUGAGGCAUCUUUUGUUUUUGCUUUUGAACUGCCUUCUUGUUCAGCAUCAGUCUAGCCUUUCUUUCGUAUCUGGAUAAAUGGAGUAUUUUAAAUGACUGUUUCCAUUUCUUUUACUUACUGCAGUUUGGUGGCAGUCACAUCCCAAUAACUGAUGUGUGUAUGUGGAUCUGGAGUGGAGUGUUAUGGCUGAGUUUCUGAUGUGUUGCCUUUGUGGCUGGAACACCUUAUCUAUUUUUGCUGUGUUUAGAGUUUCAACUGGAUCUGGAGCUUUGGCGAGGAAAGGAGAGGGUGUCUGUUUCCCACCCCUUGAAAAUGUGCUAUCUUUGCUGCAGCGUUAGUCAGGUGGAAAGCAGCAGGCUGUAUUUUGUCAAGUUAACAGCAUACUUAAUAUAACUUAGCAUUCUCUGCAUGUGUGACAGGUUUUUAAUAAGGUGAUGAUGUACCAAACAGGAUUUGUCACUGAGCCUUAAAAUGAGCAUCAUAGUUCUUACAAUAAAAAGUGCUAAGUAAAUAGUAGGAUUUAUUUCCUACCUAUAUCGUUUUUAUCAAUAUAUGUGUUUGUGGAAAUAGCUGGAAACUUUGGUUCAGUUUUGGGGAGAUAUCUUGCGAACCUGCUAACAGCAGGUGAUCUCUCUGCUGCUGUGAUGUUAUCUGUUUUGGGGUAACUUUUAAAGGUAUUGGUAGAAGGGUGGAAGUGCAGCAGCUCUCUUGGAGCCAGGCAUGGUAUAGGUCCACAUUGUGUAAGCUUAAUUACAUAGCUUUGACACCACAUCUUAAUCUAAAUCAACAACAUCUGCUCAGCAUCCCUGUUCCUUGGCAGAAGGGGGGAAAGAAUAGCUGCUCUCGCAGCCAAAAGCCUGUCUUUCCAUCAGCUGUGGUCUUAUA